GGCGUCAUUCUCGCCGCGCGCAAAGCUUCAACUCGCGGGAUUUAGGGCUGGAGCGCGCGCUUGUGAGGGGAAAAUGCACCUAAAGUUCAUUUAUUUGCUGUAAAACAGUUCAAAACAGCGCGGACUCGGUGGAAACCCGACCUUGGGUAGAAUGGUGUAGUUUAUCUGAAACCAAUACAAUAUUUAAGGGGAAAAAUAAAUAUUUAUAUAUAAAAAGAACGACGAAGAAUGGACGGCAGCCGUGAGGGAAAUGAAAGUUUGGGCGAGGGCAGAGGCACAGACGCUCAGGAGAAAGCUCAGGAGGGCAGUAGCACCUGUGCAGAGCGUUUGCUACCACUAAGGGAGCUGUACCCUUAUAUUCAUUGUGGUCUCUGCAAUGGCUUCUACAUUGAUGCCACCACAAUCACUGAAUGCCUUCAUUCAUUCUGUAAAAGCUGCAUUGUCAAGCACUUCUUCUACAGCAACAUGUGUCCCAACUGUGGCAUUGUUGUUCAUCAAACACAACCUCUAUAUAAUUUAAGACCUGACAGGCAGUUACAAGAUAUUGUUUAUAAGACAGUCCCAUAUUUGGAGGAAGCGGAGAGGGCACAAAUGCGUGCAUUUUACAAAGAGAGACGUCUGCCGAUCCCAAAACCAGUCAACACAGCUAAAAGCAGUAUGCUUCCAAUUAAGUUUCUGAAACAGAAACAGAGAGACCACAUGCCGCAGUCUAUUUUCACCAUUCCUCCAGAGCUCGACGUGUCCCUAAUGUUAGAUUUUGUUGGAGCUGAGGAGGGCAUUGAGAAUUAUAAGCCUUUGGAGAGAAAGUAUAUCCGUGUCUCAGGUGAAGCCACUAUUCGGCACGUGGAGCUGUUUAUCAGAAGGAAGAUGGAGUUAAGUCCAAAUAUGAAGGUGGAUGUUGUUUGUGGAGAGCAUCUCUUAGAACAGCGUCAAUCUUUAAGAGAAGUGCAAAUCACAAUGGGAGAAAAUGCCCUACAGGAUGGAAUGCUAGUUUUACAAUUCGGACUUGUGCUCCCUACUCAGUGAACAGAAGACUCAUUUUCUAACCUUCUAUCUACAGAGAGAAUACUAAGGGCUAUUCUGUACUUUUUUUGGCAAAAAAUUGUUUCAGUUAAUGCUUCUUGUUAAACAUUUGUCAGUAGGUUAACAAUUUUUCUCUCAAUUUGUAUGCAUUCUUUAAUGCAGUUUUUACAUUUAUAGAAACCCUUAACUUUUAUGGGGAAAACCAUAUAACCUUUAAAUAAAAAAUGAAAUGUGUCUUGUUUAAUUAUAUAAGUCCAAUGGAUUUGUUUUCUACACACUUAAUAUAUAUUUGCGUAUCGGUGCUUUUGACCAAAUCAGUUGGAUAAAAAAAUAAAGGAGUUUUUUUUUUU